GCGACUGAUGUUGUUUCCCCGCAGACAUGUGUGGAGUCAUCAGGACCUCUGGAGAGAGGAUCGAGCACGAAAGCGAGGGGUGGAAAAAAGAAGAUGUGCACUACUAAGCCUGCUGCGUUUGACAAUGGGAAAGGGAAAGCUACCGCGUCCGAGAAAGGGAAAGGGAUAGGUAAUGCGUCUGGGAAAGAGAAAGAGAAAGUUGCACAAGAGGAGCUGCAAGUACCUCGAGGUCUCGUGCCAGGAGAACUUACCGACGAGAUGGUACGGGCCUGGGACGAACUUCAAAGUUUGCAGCAGAAGAAAAUCUCCCAAGAGCCAUUUUAUCUGCCCAUGACAUGUCUCAAGAGACCCUCGGUGGAUGGGACCGGAAACAGGUCUUUGGAGGUUCGGGAGCUUGAUGAAAAUCAUGUCUCGACGUUCAUGGACUCCAUGAUCGCUUGCCCGACUGGAGAUCAUCUUCCCUUCGUUGGUGUCGUGGAUCCAGAGGAAGUGAAAGACAAGUCGGAAGUGGAUCUCGACCGGUUGAGAAGGGGCGGCUACAACAUUUACGUGCUUGGAGGUGGACAUUGUCGGGAGGCGAGAGAACGACCGAGACAGAUCUACCCGGAUAUGCACGACUACAACUGGAAUGUUUGCUAUGUCUAUGCAGGCCUUUCGACGGAUGAGGCAAGGCAGAUGGCACACAAGCACAAUCUGGCAGCUCGCUACCACAGAGACAUGAACUUCAUCGAAAAGAUGAAAUGCUGGCGGAAUGUCUUCGAACGAAAGGGCUCUGUGAAGAUUGCGGAUGUCAAGAUAGCUUGCCUGCGUGAGUAUGGGAUACCAAUUGCCAUGCGCCCGAAAGAGAUCUGGGACCUGCAGUUGAAGAUUUUUGAGAUGUGGAAGAGGAGAGAGGUGAAGGACCAGAAAUUGAAGCCUGUGGCAAAGAGCCAGAUUCGUACAGAGGUCACUCCAGAAUCCAUCGAAUCUGAAGGCGGGAAGCAGACAAGGAAAGGGAAAAGGCUGGACAAGGCAGCGGCAAGGGAACAGGAGAUGGCGUUUUUCAAUCCCCGCCUGAAGUUAAAGGACAACAAAAUCCCGAUGGUGCCAUUCGACAUGCCCGCGCAGCCAUGCAUUACGAUGGGCAACAUCCCUCCGGAAGCAAUCGUCCCUGUUCUGACGGUGGUCACCUUCAAACAGAUCUCCCUCGACGAAAUGGAGAGGAAGUUCAAGGUCGUCAAGAAAUUUGGCUACGUCGCGAAGACCUUCUACGAUGGUGUGAAGUGCAAGGACUUCAAAACUGCUGAAGAAUUGUAUCCUUUGCACACCACAACGGAUGUUCUUAAACCCUUCAUCGGCAAUUUUGACAGGUGCGGGGCUAAGCCCACUGCUUUGUUGGACCACAUAGAACGAGCUAAGGAGUGGAGGAAGAUGGAGGACAAGAGAAUAAAGGAGGCAGAAAGAGCAACUCGCAAUUUCUUUCGAGCUGCGGCUUUGGACGAGCCUUUCGCUGAUUGGACGGAGGUCAAACAUGAUGGGUGCGCAGACCUGGUCAAGGUGAUUCAGGGUGACAUGUUGCAUUUGUCACAGCURUUGAAGAAAAAACUGMCGAUUUCUCUCGCUAUCUUUGACUUUCCCUACGGUUCUGCCUAUAAAGGUGCGGGGGCCAUUGCCUGCGUUUUGGCAGAUAGGAACUGCCUUGUUGUGGAACUGGACAAACGCUGUGCAAAGGGAAUCUGGAUGAGACUUCUCACCGACAUCGAGGAGACAUUAAGAAGAGAAAAGCCGAGAGAGGGAAAGGGCAAGGGGAAGGAACACCAGCAAGAUGCGGACAUUGAGGUCUCCGGGGACGACGAACCGGUGACACACGAAAAGACCAGUGAGAAUCAGGAGUCGGUUCCUGGUUGUUUAGCAGCGGGCCAGUCUACAGCGGAGGCCAGUGUCAGCAGAGAGGCAACAACAGUUGCCCAACAGCAGGGGACGGAUGUGGCGCUGCCUGCAGAUCAGCAGCAAAGGGUGAAUGUACCUUCUGCGGCAGAAAAAGUUGUGGUCGCUGCCGUUCAGCAUGGCGUAAAGAGGGAGGAUUUCGGCGCAGCGUGGAAGAAGCGCAAACUGCCUGCGCUGCAGGACGAGCGUGAAGAAGGCGAACUUUCUCAUCAGCACGCAGUCACUGUCGAGACUGGUGAAGUCACCAGACUGUCUGCGGAUCCUUAGAGGGAAGACGUCACACGGAGCCAGGAUUCCAACAGAGCCACGGGCAA